AUUUUGUUCAGUUUUGUUUAAAAAUUCUCCAUUAGGGUGGCUUCUUUCACUCUCCCUGGGAAACCUUGCUAAAAGCAAGACCUUCUGAAUUUCACACUACAUGCAGUCUGUGAUUUCUACAGAUAGCUCCAUCUUGGAUUAAAUCUUGUUACAGAAGCCCCUGGGAUGGGCAUUUGCUUCAUCAUUCACCACCCCUGUGGUGAAUCCUGUAGAGCCACCAAAUUAUAGCCUAAAAAUUCAAUGUUUGUCUCAAGCACUUUCCCCAGUCUUUAUGGCAGUGAAUAGGCUGACUUUUCUCCUCUACCCCACAGAGCUGACUUUUUGUAAGUCUGCGGAGAAUGGGUCUUCUCUUCCAGAGUUGCUGGGCUUUCCACUUUCCUCAUUCUGGAGGGAAAGCUGGUGUCCAGGGUAGGGGGGAAGGAAGUACAACCACCAAGUGACACAGCAUGAAUUUCUGCUAUCAUUAUAAAUAUUUAUUAACAGGUCCUGUGAAAAAUGAGGGAGAUGCUGAAGAUUUGCUGUUCUCUCCUCGUCUUAAGUUUGCUCAGUGGGCAACUGAGCGCCAACCCUGGACUCAAAGUGAGGAUCACCCAGAAGGGGCUGGAGUAUGCCAAGGAGGUUGGGCUGGAAAUCCUGAAGCAGAAUAUGGAGAAGGAGCGUUUCCCUGAUUUGACUGGCCAUGAGAAAUUUGGGCUUGGUAAUGUCAAAUACAAUAUUUCAAGGAUACAUGUUACUGCUGUUGAAUUACCCAGUGCUUCCAUCUCCCUCCUACCAGGGUCUGGAAUAAAACUGGUGAUUGGGAAUGCUUCUUUAACCAUUGAUAUGAACUGGAACAUAAGGACCUGGAUGUUCAAAGACAGUGGAAGAGGCACAGUGCACAUUUCAAAGGUGUUUGUUACUGCAAUCUUUUCAACACCCCUGGAUAAUACAGGCCCUACGUCAAUAUCCCUCACCAGCUGCCGGACAGCUUCUGGUGACAUAGAUAUCAAGCUGAACGGGAAAACUGGCUUCCUGCAUAACUUCUUUAUCAAGUAUCUGAAGAAACCCAUUCACAGGAGCUUGGUCACUAAUUCAUGUCCCAACAUCAGAGCUGGGAUCCGGUUGAUAGAUGAAGACCUCAGAUCACUGAAUGCUGUAAUGCAGAUUGAUGAUUUGGCUGGAGUAGACUACUCCUUAAGUAGCUUGCCAGCAGUAUUCCAACCAUUCAUUGACCUGGACUUAAAGGGUGUAGUCUUCCCAGUUGGAAACUAUACUGACUCUCCCUUCGUGGCAGCUUCCUCCACAAUCCCGGACCAAAGUGACUCCAUGCUGUACCUUGCCUUCUCAGAGUAUUUCUUUCAGACCUCUUCAUUUGCUUACUACACUGCAGGGGCCUUCAACAUGACCCUUGCAGAGGAGACUUGCAGCUACUUUAAUAUAAACACAGAGAUAUUUGGCAGUAUCAUCCCUGAGGUAGCUAAAUAUUCAGUUACACCCUACCCAGUGAUGUUGAAGCUAAUGGCUACUGAAAUCCCUCUCAUCAGCUUACAGCAGGAUUCCUUCACAGUAGAGAUUCAGGGCUCCAUGGAGGUGGUGGCCAGCCUGCCAGACUCAACCACCCAGUCUCUGUUCACGCUGAACAUAGCAGCCAACAGCAGCAUUUCUCUGAAUAUAUUUGAUCAGAAAUUGAUGGGCUCACUAUGUUUGAACAGGGUCCAGUUCUCCCUAGCCCAUUCCAAUGUUGGCUCUUUUGAGGUCUUGCUUCUGGAGAACAUCCUAUCUUACAUUUUACAGACUGAAGUAAUUCCAUCAGUUAAUGCUAAACUGUCAAAAGGACUCCCUCUUCCCAAUCUGGCCAACGUUACCUUAACAAGAUCUCACAUUACAAUUGUAGAGGGAUAUGUGUUGAUUUCGACUGACGUCCACUACAAACACUAAAGGAGAA